GUUGCUUUGCCCUGAUAAUGUGGUUGCUCAAACGAGCACUUGUGAUUGGGACGGUAGGUGGCCGAGGAGUUGUCAGAGCCAUGUGUGCGGAGGCAAAAGACUGGCAAAGUGCCAAGUCUAUUUAUGAAUUCUCGGCUAAAGACAUUGAUGGGAAUGAAGUAUCUCUGGAGAAAUACAGGGGCCACGUCUGCAUCAUCACAAAUGUGGCCUCUAAAUGAGGCAAGACUGGCGUAAACUACACUCAGUUUGUGGAAAUGCACUCCAAAUACGCUGAGAAAGGUUUACGCAUCCUGGGGUUCCCCUGCAACCAGUUUGGAAAACAGGAACCUGGUACCGAGGCAGAGAUCAAGGAGUUUGCCAAUGGCUACAAUGUAAAGUUUGACCUCUUCAGUAAGAUAGAUGUAAAUGGAGACGGAGCCCAUCCUCUAUGGAAGUGGAUGAAAGAUCAACCUAAAGGCAAAGGCACUCUGGGAAACAACAUCAAAUGGAACUUUACCAAGUUUCUCAUUGACAAAGAAGGACAUGUGGUGAAGAGGUAUUCUCCAAUGGAUGAUCCAGUUGUCAUUGAGAAGGAACUGCCAAAGUACCUGUAGUACACAUGUGCUGAUACAGUAUCUUUCCUGCAAACUCACCGUCCUUAACGUCCAUUCAAGACCCCCCUCUCUCUGGUGGACGACUGGGCAUUUGUGGGUCCGCUCCCAGAUUUGUGACGGCCGGUCUGUAAACCUGCGUAGCAGAGAGGAUCGGCCUGAUGACCCAAUGUGCAUACUCCUGGGAAGAUCUCCAAUACCCAGACUUACCACCAGAGGGCGGGCUUAACCUAUUAAACCCACAGAACAGCUUGUGUCAUGUACCUUCUUACUUGAGAGUAUUAAUUUCCUUUUGUAUUAAUCAUGGAAUAAACUGAGGAAACAA